GGUUAGUGAAAAGCCGGAGGCCGCCUUCCUCAGCACCUUCCUUUAAGAUUAUAUAAUGAACAUGUCACCUUUUCCUGAAUCAUGGUCUACAUGUGUAUAGUUUAGUUUUACCUUGAAAGUUAGUGAAAAGCAGAGAGGCUGAUUAACAAUUGACGCCUUUACUUGAGAUCAAUAGUUAGCAUCGAUUCUAUUGAUGAGACACCAUGAUUCCUUCUCAUCCUUAAGCAGUUCUUAACCUCACUUUCCAGCUACAAAUCCUCCAUUAACUAGUGAUUUCCAUGAUCAAGAUCAGCUGGCAAAUUCCUAGCUACCCACCUGGAUUUUUAUUUAAGUCUUUCUGCUGCUGUUGUUGCCUGAAUGCCAAAGCUUCAACUGGCUGCUUGUUCUCAUGGAUUCCAGUGCUAGAGUUGAUGGGUCGGCGCUUGUUCCUGUCCCCUUCGAGUCAAUGGACUUCCUUUCUCGAAAUUACGCGAUUCAAGUUUUCCGGGAGAUGCCGCCGGCAAGUUCUCAUGAAUUGCAAAAGCCAACGGCGCCGUUCGAAGAAAACAUGCUCAAGAAGUUCGGCCUUCAGGUAAGAGCGACAUAUAAAGAGAGAAUGGGAAGCGUAGGACAAGUAGACCGCAAUUCUGUUCCCCCGUGGAAAGCUGAAGAUCUGAAGUCAUGGAUAUCGCUACAGCAGAUGAUCCAUCCAGAACUGAACCUCCACCGAUGUUUCACCAAGAAAUGGAAGCUUCCAAGAAUACUUCAUGGACAGUCAAUAAAGGCGUGGCUGGCAGAGAUAAAGAGGAACAAAAAGGAAGAAAGCAGGCUAGAGAAAGCAGAACUGCAUGCAGCCAUAUCAGUUGCAGGCGUCGCAGCUGCUCUUGCAGCCGUGGCAGCAGAAAAUGUCAGAAACAAGAGCAACUAUGAACCCCAACGAAGGAAAUUACAUGAAGAGAAAGAAGAUGGAGAUCAAGAUGGAGGCAGGGCCAGGGAUGCAGUUAUGGCUUCUGCUGCCGCUCUGGUUGCAACUCAAUGUGUGGAAGUGGCUCGGUCAAUGGGUGCCAAUAAAGACCAACUGGGCUCGAUGAUAGAAUCAGCCUUAGCGGUUAAAGAUGCUGGAGACCUCAUUACCCUGACUGCAGCAGCGGCUACAUCUUUGAGGGGGGCAGCUACACUGCGAGCAAGAGCAAAGGCAAACACGGCGAGUGGAAAAUGUGGUGGAAAGGAGAUGAUUCAACUUCUUCAUCACGGUAAUGCUCAAGGAAUCAACAGUGAUGAAGCAGCAAGGCAGCAAGAUAUCAUAGGCUUUGAUUUCCUGAGGGGUAGAGACCUUCUUGCUCGUGGGUCUCUCCUCACUGUCAUCACAGAGAAGAGAAACUGCAAACUGAGGCUUGUAUCAAUUAUACUGGACAGGGAAACUAAGGUUUUACUCAGAACUCGAAGGACCAGCAAGCUCAACCCCUUUGCAAUCACCAAAGAAAGGAUCAUAGUUGACUUACAUUCCUGGCCGCAGGAAGAAUGGGUCAAAGAGGAGGAUUCCCCUUCUCUGAUAGUCCUCGAAACAGAGGAAGGAAUAAUCAAGCUUGAAAUGAAUGAUGAUGCCAGCUACAAGCUGUGGUCAAUGACGAUUAAUCAUAUGCUGAUGCUUUCCAGUAGCUAUGGCGGAUAUUGAACUUGUUUCCUUAUCUCUGCAUCACAAUGCCAAAUAGUAUACUUUGUAUAGCAAAAUUACCCUUCUAUUGUCAUUUAUUUGCUACAUGAUUAGCAAAAAGCUUAUCUCAUCUUAUGUAUGAUUGUUCAUGGACUCCGUGUGUUCUACAAAAGUCCACCUUCUGGUUUAGAAGAUCAUGUACAAAAAUGU